GCUCACAUGGUAGGUCUCCCUUCUCCUCAACGCCUUGUCGAGGAUCUAUCCACGACACCAGUUGGAGAAUGUAACACAUGUUUUAAAAGGCUGUACAUCGUAAAAUUACCUUGCGCGUUGGAUUAGGAAAUCCGGGCGAAAUGAAGUUAAUAUGAGGACCGCUGGAAAUCACUUGGAUUACCUAGUCAGUUUUUUCGAUUUGGUUAGGCUACACUGCAUUCGACUAAGACUUUCAUCUGACGGGGUUGCAAAGUGACUGUCUGUCAUGAGAUCCUCGGCUUCCCGCCUGUCAAGUUUUUCCUCAAAAGAUUCUUUAUGGAACCGGAUGCCGGAUCAGAUAUCGGUGUCCGAGUUUCUCGCCGAGACGACGGAGGAUUACAACUCUCCUACGACAUCCAGUUUCACCACACGGCUGCAGAGCUGCAGGAACACGGUCGGCGUUUUGGAGGAGGCGUUAGACCAGGACCGGACGUCACUGCAGAAAGUUAAGAAGUCGGUUAAAGCCAUCUACGGCUCUGGUCAAGACCAUGUGCAGAAUGAGGAGAACUACGCUCAGGCCCUGGACAAGUUUGGCAGCAACUUCAUCAGCCGGGACAACCCUGACCUGGGCACGGCCUUCGUCAAGUUCUCCACCCUCACCAAGGAGCUGUCCACUCUCCUCAAGAACCUGUUGCAGAGCCUGAGCCAUAAUGUGAUCUUCACGCUGGACUCCCUACUGAAGGGGGACCUGAAGGGAGUGAAGGGGGAUUUGAAGAAGCCCUUUGACAAGGCAUGGAAGGACUAUGAAACCAAGUUUACCAAGAUCGAGAAGGAGAAACGGGAACACGCCAAGCAGCAUGGAAUGAUCCGGACUGAGAUCACUGGAGCCGAGAUCGCCGAGGAGAUGGAGAAGGAGCGCCGUCUCUUCCAGCUGCAGAUGUGUGAGUACCUGAUCAAAGUGAAUGAAAUCAAGACCAAGAAAGGGGUAGACCUCCUCCAGAAUCUGAUCAAGUACUACCACGCACAGUGCAAUUUCUUUCAGGAUGGCUUGAAAACUGCUGACAAGUUGAAGCAGUACAUUGAGAAGUUAGCUGCUGACCUCUACAAUAUAAAGCAGACCCAGGAUGAGGAGAAGAAACAGCUCACUGCUUUGAGAGACCUGCUGAAGUCCUCUCUGCAGCUUGAUCAGAAAGAGUCUAGGAGAGACUCCCAGAGCAAGCAGGGGGGCUACAGCAUGCACCAGCUACAAGGCAACAAAGAGUUUGGCUGCGAGAAGAAAGGCUAUCUCAUGAAGAAGAGCGAUGGGUUGCGGAAGGUGUGGCAGCGGAGACAGUGCUCAGUGAAGGGAGGCAUUCUCACCAUUUCCCAUGCCACUUCUAACAGGCAGCCUGUGAAGCUGAAUCUGCUCACAUGCCAGGUGAAGCCCAGUGCUGAAGACAGGAAGUGCUUUGACCUCAUCUCCCACAAUCGCACAUAUCACUUUCAGGCAGAGGAUGAGCAAGAGUUUGUAAUCUGGAUCUCCGUGCUCACCAACAGUAAGGAGGAGGCUCUGAACAUGGCGUUCCGGGGCGAGCAGACCGCCGGAGGGGAGGACGGCCUGGAGGACCUGACCAAAGCCAUCAUCGACGACGUGCUGCGCACGCCCGGCAACGAGCUGUGCUGCGACUGUGGUGCUGCAGAUCCAAAGUGGCUGUCCACUAACCUGGGGAUCCUGACAUGCAUCGAGUGCUCAGGCAUCCACAGGGAGAUGGGCGUGCACAUCUCACGCAUCCAGUCCAUGGAGCUGGACAAGCUGGGCACCUCUGAACUCUUGCUGGCCAAAAACGUCGGAAACAGUAGUUUUAACGAGAUCAUGGAGGGGAACCUUCCGAGUCCGUCUCCAAAGCCCACCCCCUCCAGUGGCAUGACUGCACGGAAGGAGUACAUCAAUGCGAAGUACGUCGACCACAAGUUUGCCCGCAAGACCUGCAGCUCUGCAGCCGCCAAGAUGAACGAACUGUAUGAGGCCGUGCGGUCACGUGACCUCCUAUCCCUCAUCCAGGUGUACGCUGAAGGGGUGGAACUCAUGGAGCCCCUCCCAGACUCUGUGCAGGAGGCCGGCGAGACUGCACUACACUACUCCGUGCGGACAGCUGACCACACCUCUCUGCACCUGGUGGACUUCCUGGUCCAGAACAGAUUGGUGAUAUCUCAGGAAAUGGCUUACAACCCUACACAGGAAGAACAACACAAUGGAAACCUGGACAAGCAGACAGAGAAGGGGAACACUGCUCUGCACUACUGCUGCAUGUAUGAGAAACAUGAAUGCCUCAAGCUGCUGCUGAGGGGCAAGCCGGCCACUGAUAUCCCCAAUCAGAAUGGAGAGACAGCGCUGGAUGUUGCUAGGCGAUUGAGGAACCGCCAGUGUGAGGAGGCGCUGGUGCAAGCUGCUGCAGGGAAGUUUAACCAGCACGUACAUGUGGAAUAUGAUUGGAACUUGCGUCUGGAGGAGCUGGACGAGAGCGACGAUGACUUGGACUUCAAGCCGAGCCCCAUAAAGAAGGAUCGCUCUCCGCGGCCCCAGAGCUUCUGCCAUUCGUCCAGCCUGUCCCCCCACGACAAGCUCUCCCUGCCCAGCUUCCUGGGCCCGCGGGACAAGCAGCGGCUCUCCUACAGCGCCUUCACCAAUCAGAUGUACAGCGCUUCCACAGACACGCCCCCCUCCCCCGGCACCGACGCCCCGCCCCUGCCCCCCAGGAACGCAGGCAAAGCUACCCUCUCCACCCUCCCUGCCAACUCCACCCAGUCCCCUGGUGGGGGCAGCACCUCCACCCUGUCCAAGAAGAGACCUCCUCCCCCUCCCCCCGGGCACAAGCGCACCCUGUCUGACCCGCACACCCCUCUCUCCCACACACACCUGAGCAAAGGUGGGCAACCCCACGUGGAGCCCGCCGGACUGUCCCCCAGAGAAUCAGGAAGUGACUCUACACCACCACCUAUCAGCAAAAUGUCACCUAAUACAAACAAGUUUGAGGGCAUUCCACAGGAGCAAAGCACUACUUCUUGCAACACCAAGUCUACACUUGGCCCAAGGGUUCUUCCCAAACUACCUCAGAAAGUGGCUCUGCGAAAGAUUGACACCAUCCACCACCCAUCUGUGGACAAGACCAACCAUCCUCCUGAGGUCUUUCAAAAAUCCCCCGAGGUGUUCCAGAAGUCUUCUGAGGCGUUCCAGAAGUCUUCUGAGGUGUUCCAGAGGUCACCGGAAGUGUUCCAGAAGUCACCGGAAGUGUUCCAGAAGUCACCGGAAGUGUUCCAGAAGUCUCCAGAAGUGUUCCAGAAGUCUCCAGAAGUGUUCCAGAAAUCACCACAGGCGCCCGAGCCAUCCCACAGGUCCAUGUUACCUGACAAGCCCCAGCUGAGCGACCUCCCACCCAAGCCACAGCCGUCUGACCUUCCUCCGAAGCCUGGGGAGCUGCCCCCCAAGCCACAGCUAUCUGACUUGCCUCCCAAGCCCAACUUAGGAGAUCUGCCCCCCAAGCCCCAGCUGAAGGAUCUGCCUCCCAAACCCCAGCUUGGGGAUAACUCCUCGAGGCCAGGACCCAUGGAGCACACCCACAAACCACCCCCCGGGGAGAGAGCCCCUAAACUGCAGCCCCCUGACGUGCCAGCGGCUAAUCAGCACGGAGAGACAUCUCCGCACCCUACCCAGCCCUCCAGUGAGGACACCAAUGGAAGCCCAGUGUCCGCUCCAGAGACGCCGGUCCCCUUACCGAGAAAGAUCAGUGUGGCAAAGGCAAAGACUCGGCGGGUCAAGACCAUCUAUGACUGCCAAGCAGAUAACGAAGAUGAGCUGACCUUUGUGGAGGGUGAGGUCAUUAUAGUGACUGGAGAGGAGGACCAGGAGUGGUGGAUCGGGCACAUUGAAGGGCACCCGGAGAGGAAGGGAGUGUUUCCCAUGUCCUUCGUCCACAUCCUGUCUGACUGACACCCAGACGAUGUGAAUGACCACCCCUGAGUACCCCCCUCCCGCCCCGCUCUAGACCCGGGUCUCUCCACCCCACACUAGGGUCGCCGAGAGCAACACUGUAAAUAGCUGCUGAAGCGAGCAUCAAGAUCAAACCCAUAUGGAGCACUCGGAGAUAAUAAACCCAGGACACUCCGCCCUCAGUUCGCUCCCACUCACAAAUCGAAGAAACUAACCCCCCAACCCUGUACAAGACAAGGAGCCCAUGCUGCAUCUCCAGUACUGGAGAUCUGGUGUGUGUGUACAUGUAGUCUAUGGAUGAAGCUUGUCUGCUAACGAACGGUAUUCUCAAAUCCCCCCCCCCCCGGACACCUGGUUGACCAGCAGACCAAGCCCACCGAUCCCAGUACUUACCACACCAGUCUCGCUUGUACUGUUAGAGUGUGUGUGUAUAUAUUACGAAUGUACAUAUAUUGGUGAGUGUGAGUGUGCGUGUGUGUUUGUAUGUGUAUAUACUUGCCUGUGUUCGUGUAUUAGAAACAAACAAAAAAACAAAAAAAAACAUAAUAAGUGCAUAAUGAAUCCAUGUUCGUUGCCCUUCCUCUAACCACUCAUUUGGGGCCAGUGUGCUUCUGACGGGUAUGUGUGCAGUAUUAGUUUGGACUGGAUCUUCGUUUGGCUGUGACGGGAGGCGAGCCGGUCAGUAUGGACAAUGAAAGCCUGCUUCGCCUGCCCCGGCAACAGCCUCCUGGUCCAGUGGGACUCGCCGGCCCUCGGGAUCGUAUUGUUUUUGUUUCUGUUUGUUUGUUAGUUUGAUUUCAAGUGAAGCAUCUCUCUUAACUUUACCACUAUAGCACGUCCACAGAUGAGAUGUAUGUCCAUUAUUGUGUGUUUGUAGUUCUCGCUUGCUUUGUGUGUUUAAAAAGAAUUAAUAAUGAUUCUGUGACAUCCACUGACUACAAAAGUGGAAAAAUAUUGUAAAAGGAAAAAAAAAAACCUGUGAAGCCUCAAGGCACAGGACAGACACCAGCAGCACACACACACACACACACACACUGACCCAGGAUCUGUCUCUCUAGUUGUCCCUGUGAAGUAUUGCAAUGUAUACACACAGCUCUGGGAUCGGUCCAUAUAUCUCCCACUCACUCACUAUUUCUGUCUCUCUCUCUUGUUUCAUACUGUGUACUUUCUAGCCAGUCACAACCAUUUAUCUCUGAAGAGAUUUUACUUCAACUAUAGUAGUUAAGGGAGGCAAGCUUAGGCCAUACCUUGCUUUUUCUAUCAGUGUUUCUCAAGGCUGUGAAGUGUUUGAGUGGUCAAGUAGUGCAAAUACUUGCACCAGUGAUUUGUGAAGGAGUUUACAGAAUUACAUUGGGAGCUCACUGGCAAUAUAACACCCCUAAUUGUAUUUUAUGUUGUCUUUUGUCAUAUUUUAUUAGGCGUGUUCUCAUGCAUCAUAUUUAAGAGUCUUACGGGUCAUACUUUCACUAUUACAACAAAAGUGCACGUAUGAAAACCAUUUCGGUAAUACAAAGUGAUGCAGUUCAUGACUGACACUUCUGUGCCCGUGAAGUAAUGACUAGGGAAUCUGUACAAAAGCUAUGUUGCAAUUCAUGUUGGUGACCCAAUUUUUACCAAAUGUUAUCAAGUUCAACAACUUACAUUUAAUCUAGAUUUCUAUGUAUAUUACUUAUACAGCUGAGGACAGGUAUGUAUUAUGAUCCAACAUUUUUAAUGUCUCAGUUUCCCCAUAUAACUAAGCCCUCCCCUAGGCCAGACAUGUAAUUGUACUGCAAGAAACUGAGUAGAAAUAUAGGAUAUUUCAUUAAUUCACAACUGACAUGUGCCACCACUUUUCUAGUACAUCAGUCUAAGUAUUUAAAACUCAACUGAAGCAGAGAAAUCGGCCAUGUAGUUUAUAAACAAAUAUUGUUCAAAAGAACCAUCACACUUUUCAAAUGCAGAAUAGUAUUAGGACAUGUAUACCACAUGUUGCACCUUUAGAGGGAUGAGCUGGUUAAACAUAUGCAGUAAACCCUUCCAUUCAGUUGGUUUAGUGCUAUGGCUUCUUUUAAACAUUGUAAGGGACAGUUUCAUUGUUGUGACCAGUGUUGCUACCCCCUUUUGUUACAUAAUCACUGGGGGUUGCUUGAACCCCCCCGUUGUGAGACCAGCAAAUGUCUCAAGUUCAUGUGAAAUAGCCAUAAAGAGCAGCAGGUGGCUAAGAACUUGCGUUGAUAAUUCCAUUCAGCCAAGCUGAUUUAAGAAAUUGAAGUGCAAUUGUAGCUCAGUUUAACUUUCCCCUUCUCAAUACCUUGCACAUGUAAUGGAGAUCAAAGAAACAUUCUUGCAUUUCAUUUUGGGAGGUGAUGGUGCCCUCAUUCCUGUGUUUGUUUGCUGUAAAACUGGAUUUAAAUGUUUUGAAUUAUGUUUUAAGUUCCCAGCCUUAUCCACACUGACUGCAGGACUAUGUCCAAACCCAAGCAGGUGACUCCAUCAUCCUAUUAUACUGAUUAAAGACUUUGUUGUAACCA